UCUACAUUUUCAUUUGUUUACAAUUCCAAAAAUCUUGUCGGAUGCAAAAAAAAAAAAAACAAAUUAAAUUCCAAAAUGAGCACUAUUCUCACCAGGCAAACAACCAUGGAAAUAAUGUGCCGACUAUGCGCAUCUUUAAAACCUAGAUUGAUUAAUACUACUGCUAUAUCGCAUGAUAUAACUCAUAAGUUGCUCCAAUGGUGUAAAAUUAAUUUGGAAAAGGAUAGCCCACUGCCCAAGUCCAUAUGUCAAGAGUGCAUGGAAGAGCUCAAUAGGUCAUACAAAUUUCUUACCAAAGUCCAAGAAGCCCAACGAAGUCUUCAAGCAUUCUUCGGAGUAGAAUCCACAAGUGAUGCAGACACGAAUGACAAUGAAAACUUUUCGUUCGCUAUAACAGAUGUGUCGUCCUUAAGUAAAGCUAAUAGCCAUGCUGCAAGAGAAUAUAUUUUACCCGAGACUGUUACAAGCGUGAAACGGGAACAACAAACUUGUGAUGAAGAGUUUGCGGAAGCAGUGCUGGAAAACUAUGCGCUGGCUGAGGAGGAUAAUGAAAAUAUGGACACCACAGAAGAGGCAAGCCCACCAUCUAAAAGAAGUAAAAGAGAUGCUAACACCUCAAGUACAAGUGAAGGCCACAAUACAUGUAUAUGUAGUAAAAUGUUAUCCAAACUAGACGAAAUGAAAGCUCAAAUAAAAACGCUUAUUGAUGCCAGCAAUGAAAACACAAAAUUCUUGAGAACCCAGUUAAGCCAAGCAGGCAUGGAAAUACGUAAAAACUUUCCCAUACAAUCAUGGGAAGAACUGGUGGAGAUGAACGAAAAAAUCAAUAAAGAGAACAAAAUUGAUUAUGUAAAAACUAUGCAUUCACUGAUACAUCCGGUGGGUGUUGUUAAAAAUCUCAAAUACAUUAUAAGCACAAAAGUUACCAUACACUUCAAUGUUGAUGGGGUGCAUGGCAAGGAAAGUCUCAAGCGAUUGAGUAAUUUUUACACUGCCUUAUUGGAAGCCAUACCCAAUCCACCACAGAAUACCGAACCAGCAGAAGAGCAGCUGCGAAAAGCCAUAUAUCUGCAAAAGAAACGAGAGCUAAAGGCCAUAGGUGCGGCAAAAAAUAAAAAAGCAGAUACGACUACAUCGAAUAAAACCCGUGAAUACAAUUUUCAGAAAAAAAGAUGUGAGCCCAGCAAUGUAAACACCAAAAUCUUAAGAAAUAAAUCACGCCUAGAAGGUGUGGAAAUACGCACAAACUUUCCCAUACAAACAGAGGAGGAACUGUUGGAGGUGAACGAAAAAAUCAACCAAGAGAACCAAAUUGAUUAUGUAGGUGGUCAUCUGAAAGUCUUAUUGCAGGCCAUUAUUUUAACAUGUAUUACUUUGCAGGUUAAAACCAUGCAUUCACUCAUACAUCCUGUGGGUGUGGUUAAAAAUCUCAAGCACAUUAUAAGCACAAAAGUUACGGUGCACUAUAAUGUUGAUGGUUCACAUGGCAAGAAAAGUCUCAAGCGGUUGAGUAAUUUUUACAAUGCCUUAUUGGGUAAGAGGAUUUGUAAAGCAGCUAUCACAGAAUUCUACUUAACAACAAGCCUUUUCAAUUUAGAAGCAAUACCCAAUCCACCACAGAAUACCGACCCGGCAGAAGAUCAGCUGCGAAAAGCCAUCUAUCUGCAGAAGAAACGAGAGCUUAAGGCUAUGGGUGCGGCAAAAAACAAAAAAGAGGAUACAACCACCUCGAAUAUAACUUGUGAAUACAAUGAAGCUCAUCCUAUUGAGGAGGUAUUCCUUCCCAGUAUAAAAUGA